ACGCAACAGGAUGUAAACCACUUUAAUGACUUCCGGUUUCUGACAGGCUACUUAGCACUCAAGCUAACGUAAUUGAAAUAUCAAAUAUUUGCUCAUAAUCGCAUAUUGUAGAAUAGUAACUCCAAGUAGUAGACAUGAUUAAAGCUAUAUUGAUCUUUAACAACCACGGGAAGCCGCGACUGAUAAGAUUCUAUCAGUAUUUUGCAGAGGACAUGCAGCAGCAAAUAAUUCGGGAGACUUUUCAUUUGGUAUCUAAGAGAGAUGACAAUGUUUGCAACUUCUUGGAGGGUGGAAGUCUUAUUGGAGGCUCCGACUACAAGCUGAUUUACCGACAUUAUGCCACCCUCUACUUUGUCUUCUGCGUGGACUCGUCUGAGAGUGAGCUCGGCAUAUUGGACCUGAUUCAGGUGUUUGUGGAAACGCUGGAUAAGUGCUUUGAAAACGUCUGUGAGCUGGACCUCAUAUUCCACAUGGAUAAGGUCCAUUACAUCUUGCAGGAGGUGGUGAUGGGAGGAAUGGUGCUGGAGACCAACAUGAAUGAGAUUGUUGCACAGGUGGAGGUGCAGAAUCGUAUGGAGAAGUCGGAGGGAGGUCUGUCAGCGGCCCCUGCUCGCGCCGUCUCUGCCGUGAAGAACAUGAACCUGCCCGAGAUUCCCCGCAACAUCAACAUUGGAGACAUCAAUAUCAAAGUGCCAAGCCUCUCCCCGUUCUGAAGAGCGCUCCAGCCGAGCUCUGUGGCUAAUAUGGACAACACUGUUUUUUUAAUUAAUGUACAGUCCUACAGAACCACAACCGCUUACUCACCGCGUCAUUCCAGUCUGGUCACAUGUAGAAGAGAAAAGCUGGGACUACUUUCCAGUUCUGCUGUAAAUACAUGUUACAGAUUGCUCCAGUUGAAGGAAUUGCACAAUAAAGUAAAAUUUAAUUCUAUAAAGCAUUGAGCAUUAAUAUUUAUUAUCUGUGUACCUACUUUUUUUUCUUUUUUUUUUUUUUGUUCUGUUGUUCAUUUUUUUUCUCUUGUCUCUGUGUGUAUUUUCCCCUGCAGCUCUCAAUCUUUGGCAUUUGUCAUCAGUUGUUUUGAAUAGGCUUUAAAAAUGUUCUCCUCCUGUCUGGAGUGAGUUUAUUUGGACUUCAUUCGGUUGACUGUAAUACGAUUCCUUGGCUUCUGUGUUUGGCUGUAAUUACUCAUACACCCUUUCUCAUGAUUUAUUUUCCUUCCCUGUUGUGUAUUUCAUCUCUGACAUCCUCAGGAUUUAUGAUGAAUAUUGCUCUUCUGGGUGCAGAUUGUGCACAGUGCAGACAGUGUAAAUGCUGUUUGGUUCAAGCCAAGUUCGAAUGGGGUGUGAUAGGAUUGCGCCAACAUCUGUUCAGCAAGGCAACAGACUUUAGAUUUUUUUUGUGUGUGUUUCUGUAAUGUGUUUUUUUGUGUCAUGUUUGUUGUAUUUAGUAGCCAGAUAUGAUCAGUCUUUUAAGGAAUGAAGACAUGUUUCAGUGUCAUACAUUCCUUGCCAAGUUAAAAUAAACAAAUAUACAAAUCA